CGAAUGGAAUAGCGUAGCUAUGAUACGAACAACGUUCAAGUCUUAUCUUUGUUGAGAUGUUUUGUGUUAAUAUUUUAUCAAACAAUUGAAACAUUGCAAUGAAAAUUACAGGGAUGUAAUUUUAGCGCUGAAUAGUUAACCAUAUCUCUCUACAAUGUUUUGCUGCGGCUCCGUUGACGUCUAUGUGAGCAAUCCCCACGGUGAGGACACGGAGAACGUAAGCGGCUGCUUCCUGUCUGGGUUCAAAGGCGGCAAGCUUACACGCAAGGUUACGCCGAAAACAGCGCCGCCCAAAGAGAAAAAGAAGGUCGUGGUUCCGUCGCCGUAUAUGUUCAUGCAUAUAGAUGAGCAUGUCAGAAAGAAAUCGGUGCGGACUGGUGAGCCAGUGACGUCAAGUCCAAAGUCGAUAGAACUACAGGAAAUAGAGGAAGAAGACGAGUGGACGGGAAACGACCCGCCUCAACAUGAGACGCCUGAGAAUGUGGCAAGGAACGUGAAGAGUUUGGUCACGUAUCUAGUUGGACCUUGCAAAUCGGACAUGGAAAAAGUGCGAGCAUUCUACUACUGGAUCUGCAAUAACAUCGGGUUUGACCGGAAGUAUAAUUAUCCAAAAAGGGAGAGUCCGAACGAUCCGAAUGUUGUGCUACGUCACGGUACGGCCAUGUCGUCUGAGGGUUAUACAAAUCUCUUCUCCGCUCUUUGCAGAUCCGUGUCAAUUCCUGUGAAGAAACUAAAGGGUUACGUGAAGGACACCCGCUAUGACCCGGAAGAGCCCUUCACCCAACUGGACGAGCCCGAGCAUGCCUGGAACGCGGUAUAUGUUGGGCAUGACUGGAGGUUUGUUGACUGCGCCUGGGGGUCGGGAUUCGAGGACGAGGAGGGGAUCUACCAUAAGCGAUACGAGGAGUUUUGGUUUAUGACCGACCCUGAAAACUUCAUAAAUGAUCAUUUCCCGUACUUACGUAACGACCCUCUUUCGAGUGAUAUGUGGCAACUGCUCAAGCGGCCGGUCACUCUCGAGGAGUAUAACAAGACGGUGCGAACAGAGGCGGUGACACGAGACUGGGGCGUGGAGUUCUCCCAUCGGGAACCAAUUAUUGUGUUCCGGAAGGAGCUCCAUAUCAUCGUCAAGACAACGAUCGUGCCAAUCAUGCAAAUCACUGCCACUUUAGACACAUCUGAUAAGGUUAACAUGGAUGCCUACGUUGCAACAUUUCGAGACUCCGAGGACCACUACAAAAUACUUGCACGGCCUCCGUCGUGCGGUGUCUACAUUCUGAAACUAGCUGGCAAACGAGAGGGGGACACGCAACCACGAACUCCUGGUCUGGUCAAAUACAUUCUCAAAUGUACGGAUAUUAACAAUUUGGUAAAGACGUUCCCUUUCUCAUACACGGCUGCGCAGACGUUACAAGUUUGUGUCCUAGAGCCGACGUACCGCGACCUUGAACCUAACUCGCCAGUCAAGUUUCGCAUUGCCUCACCGUUCGUAGCCGAUGUUUACAUUGAAGAUUUACUGUUGGAGAAAAUUGACGAUUAUACGUGGGAGGGAGAAAUACUAACUCCCAAGAAGAGCGGCCAAUUUCUUGUUGUUUACGGUACUACCGCGGACGCCAGCGAUCACAGGAGAAAACAACCAUUGUAUAAAUUUAACAUAUUAUGAACGGGAAAGGGACGACGUCGUAGUUGGGAAAACUUGUAUUGAUCAUUUUAAGAAAUCCGACCCGCAAGUCAGCUAGUUCCAAAGUAGCCCCAUUCACAUUUAUUCUGUUACUCCAUAUUAACGUUGGUAUUUUCUAAAGGUAUUUGCUGGGUGAUUACUUCUAUGCAAAAUAAAUGACCAAAAGUGCAUCAUACGUUAAAUUAUUACAGUUUGUAUAUUUGCAUUUUAUUUUUACUGAACUCGGACGUAAAAAUACUGUUUUGCAACGUUGUUUUAUUGCUAUAAUAAUUGGGUAAUAUAAUUUCUGCACACAACCUUUUUGAAAUUAUACCAAAAUAAUAUGGAGUCAACCGGCAUCAAAACUUUAUAAAUGUUUGGGUCGGAUACCUUUAUUAUUUAUACUAGCAAAUACUGAACUGUGCAAAUUGAAACAUAUUGACAAGAGCCUUUAUGCUCGGAAACGAAGUGUACCACGGCACACGCCGAGAUAUGGUGCGGGACGUUGUAGUGUAUUGGAAAAUAUCAUUGACAAGAAUUAUUUUUAACAAUUUACAUUUUGAAAUAUACUGUAUUUCUGGGUAAAUCUUACUAAUUUUGGAAAAAAAAACAUAUUUUGUUAUACAUGUAGCUUAAUAAAUUCUUAAAUUUU